CAUUGUGACAGGCUCACUCCAGCUGCAUCGCCCGCCCUCUGCACCUUUGCCCCAAGACUUUUCCUGCAAUGUGAUGGGGACACCUGAGAGAAGCCACUGAGCAUUUGUGAACGCCCGGAACUGCAAGUGUCAGGGAGAUAAUACCUGGUCUGUUAAUGGAUGGGAGGUCAUGAAAAUGUGCUCUUCUCAUCUCUCAGGUAGAAAAGUCAGAGGCACAGUCUGUAUGGAGGAUCGGAAGCUUCUAAAUCUCCAUUGUGGAAGAAAUCCAAAAUUGACCCACUACUCUUAUAAAAAAUAUUUCAGCACCAAGAAGUCUCCCUCAUGGAUGCCCUUUCCAAUCAGUAACCUUUUAAAGGCAAUCAACAUUCUGAUCUCUACCACAUUAUAUUAGUUUUAAUUCUGUUUUUGAACUUCACAUUACCGGAAUCUUAAUGGUCUUUCAAAGCUAUGUCGUGGGCCACCUUGACAGGAACCACUGGGGGACUGUGCCUUCUAUAGUGACAUAGAGAAUUCCAAGGGCCAUGGGACGGACACAUUCAUGUUCUAGGAUUGGAAAGGGCAUCGAGGAGGAAGACUGGAGCAUAGACUGAAUGAACAGAGUAAGAAAACAGAGAUGAGGCCCUGGGAGCUGAGAUCAAGCACCUCAUAGUGCCCUGGGCUGGAUCCUCUUGGCUGUGAUAGUGGCCCUGGCUCUUCUGACAGCUCUUGGAUUUUGGUUUGGUAAACGCUGGACACACCGUGAAGCUCCCUGCAGUGCUGUCCCUUUGAAGUGAGGACCCAGCUACCCAGGUGCCCAGUCUACACCUGGACACCACGUGGUGAUGACAUCACUUCAACUGUCCUUGUGAAACCUUGCAGAAUCAUCAGAAGAUGGAUCGAUGCAUUGAAGGUUAAGAGGCACCUCAUGGUGGUGAUACCUGAAAUAUGGCCCAAGGGCAUCACUGAAGAGAGAAUAAAAAAUGAGGAGUCAAAAUGCUGCUCUUCAGGACUGAAGUAGGUGCAGGGAUACUUACGGGAUGAUUGCAGGAGCACUUAGACACCUGGGCUCUGCAGUUCAUGACUUCAAGCAAGCUUCCCUGCCUGGUUCCUGCUACCCCAGCUGCUCAAAUGAUCCUUACCCUGGCUGAACUGAAGUGGGAAUUUGAACUCACCCUCCCCACACUUGGCACAGGAAUGAGCACUGAGAAAUUGCAACAAAAUUAUAUGGAGAUGCAUUUGGUACUUGGAAUAAGUGUGGACAAGUUACAAAAUGACUUGGUGCAGACUUUAGAUGGUAUCACUGCCCCUGUGUUCUGCCCACACACUGUUGGGUGCAUGUGCCAUUCUCCCUUUGUGUCUGCAAGUCAUGGGGCAGUGACCGAGGCUGAUGGCAGAUGGGGCCUUCAGAGAGACAUGGUCAGUGCAGUGGUGGCAGGAUGGAGGUGGAUAGGAAGAGUGUAGAGUUACCAGGGCCCUAGACAGUGAGGAGCAGGUGGAAAGGUGCUGCACCUGUGGGUGAGGUUGUGGGAGGGAGAACCCUACAGAAGCUGGGGAGGCUCUGUGAGCUCCCAUAGAAGUUUCACUGAACUUUGCUUAUGAAACACAAAGUCAAUAAAAUUACUAUAAAAUUCAAGGUGGUGAUCAUGGAGCAGUAAGUGUAUUAUUGGACUGGCUGCAUGCCUCCCAGAGUACACCCUGGAUACAGGAUCCACAGAUUAAUUAUUUGAUACUUGGUGUAGAGGACAAUCCAAAGUGAUUCUGAAGAAGUAAAUAAGUAACCAGUGAUGUCAGCGAUAUGAAGAUGGUGGCAUGGGGGAUGGGGUAGGGAAGAGGACACAUGGGGGAAGAAUUCAAAAUUAUUCAAAUAACUCAAAAUGCUUACAAUCAUGGGAUCAAUACCCAACACUGAAAGAAGAGUUCCUAGGGGUAUGGUGACUUUCAGUGCCACAUAAAACAUAUUGCAUAGCAGUUGAAAUAGGGGAAGAUGAUCAGGAUGGAAAUAUGAGACAGUGAGAGAAGUUGGAAGACUGGGCAGAGACUCAGAAGAGCAGGGGAAAUGGGAAACUGAGUAGGUGGUCAGGGUUUGGGGUGGAAGCAGAUUUUCAGGCAGGAGAGGUCUGUCUGUUGGUUGAAUACGGAAGUCAGAAGAGAGGUCUGUGGGGUAGGUUUAGAACAGAAAUCCAAGGACAACUUUUCUUAAGAGAAAGAGGUAGCAUCUGCAAGUGCCAUGAUGUCUCUGCUACUCCCCUUGUUAGCUGCUCUCUUCCCAGUAGGUGACAGUGAAUAUGGUAAGAAUUGUGGCAAGAGACCUGUUAGGGGCAAGUGUGUGUGUGUGUGUGUGUGUGUGUGUGUGUGUGUGUGUGUUGAUGGUAGUUUCCCCUGCACACACCUGGAGAGAACGAGUGCCAAGCUGGCCUCAUUCUGCGUGUUCUUACUCAAGCCCUCUGUGCUGUCAUGGAGGAUGUUGAUAGAGCAUGGGACCCUGGGGGCCAGCAGAUGUCAGCUAAGGUAACGGUGGCUCUCCACAUUUCCAGACUCUGAGUCUUCCCACUCUGACAACUUUCUUUUCCUAGUCUCUCCCUCCCAAUGUCACAUUUCCCCACAUUCUAUCUAUUCUUCAUCACAGGGUUUGAGGAGCCUGUCUCCUACCAUCUCCUCCAGACGUCGUCCUUUCACAACCAUUCCUGGGUACAUCUGAGCUCAGGCUGGUUGGGGGAGCUGCAGAUUCACAGAUGGAACAGCAGCUCUGAUGCCAUCAUUUACCUGUAUCCCUGGUCCAGGGGCAACUUCAGUAACAGGGAGUUGGUGGAUCUGGAAAGGUUUCUCCGGGUAAACUCCAUUGGAAUUCAGGAAUUUUACACUGAUUACUUCAUGUCUGAAGUUCAUGACUCUUCUUCCCCAGAUCCCUUUGAUCUACAGAUUGCAACAGGCUGUGAACUGCACUCUGGGAAGGGCUUCCUAGGCUUGAAGCAUGUAGCUAUCCAAGGAUAUGAGUUCAUGAGCUUCCAGAAUGAAACAUGGUCACCAUCUCCAGAGGGUGGAAGAAAGGCCCAGAAAGUCUGCAGACUGCUCAGUCAGAACCAAGACUACACACAGAGGUUACAGAGGCUCCUCAGUGACACCUGCCCACGUUUCACCUUGGGUCUUCUAGAUGCAGGGAAGGCUCAGCUCCAGCAACAAGUGAAGCCUGAGGCCUGGCUGUCCAGUGGCCCCAGUCCUGGGCCUGGCCGUCUGCUGCUGGUGUGCCAUGUGUCUGGCUUCUACCCAAAGCCCAUGUGGGUGAUGUGGAUGCGAGGUGAGGAGGAGCAGCAGGGCACUCAGAGAGGUGACAUCCUGCCCAAUGCUGAUGGGACGUGGUAUCUCAGAGCAAUCCUGGAUGUGGCAGCUGGGGAGGUGGCUGGCCUGGCCUGCAGGGUGAAGCACAGCAGCCUAGGAAGGCAGGACCUCGUCCUCCACUGGGGUGCACCUCCUAGUGCCCUGGGCUGGAUCCUCUUGGCUGUGAUAGUGGCCCUGGCUCUUCUGACAGGUCUUGGAUUUUGGUUUAGGAAACGCUGGACACACUGUGAAGCUCCCUGCAGUGCUGUCCCUUUGAAGUGAGGACCCAGCUACCCAGGUGCCCAGUCUACACCUGAACACCACAGGGUGAUGACAUCACCUCAGCUGUCCUUGUGAAGCCUCUAUAAUUUAUCUGGUUUAUGAUCAGUUACCAAUAUGGGCUCAGUGGAAUCUUGCAGGAUGUGUGUUCUGACCUGGGCUGAGACUUCACCUGUGAAUGGAAUAGGAACCUAGCAAUCUCUGCUGGGUUAGAUAUAGUGGAUCAUCAGAAGAAUUCCAGGUGUCACAUCCUCCAGGGGUCCUUCCUAGAUCCACAGUGGGGAGCCAUCUCCCCUCCAUCUGUGUGUCCCCACCUGUCAACUGUACCCCUCAUUGUCUACUUCUGUGGCUGUUGUGUAGCUUUGUUUCUUUCUUUCAGUUUUUAGAACAUAGAGAGCAAAGCACGUGCUUUUGAAGUAUCUGUAUCCCUGGUGAAGUGUCUGGAAUAAAAACCUGUGUUGAAUUUA